ACUACCAGCCCCAGAAUGCCUGGCGCAGGGCCGGAAGUGACGUAUAGGGAAGCAACCCCACGUGACCAGACUGGAGUCCGGAGUUACGGUGGAGCUGUCAGUGAGGAGAGGAUGAGGGUGUCUGGUUACAGAUGGACGGCCCAGCUGCUCACAGCAGCACAGAGGAGCUGCAGGAGGGGAUUUGCAUCCUCCGCACCCGUCCUCUCUAGUUAUGAUGUCAGACAGGUGGAGAUCACCCCGUCGGAGCAGAGGAAGCUGACGUUCGAUACUCACGCUCUGGUGCGAGACCUGGAGAGUCACGGAUUCAAUAAAGAGCAGUCUGAGGUGGUUGUGUCAGCGCUGGCAUCACUGACCAACGCAAGCCUGGACACUGUAUACAAGGAUAUGGUGACCCGAGCCCAACAGGAAAUUACCCUCCAGCAGAUCAUGGCGCAUCUGGACUCCAUACGGAAAGACAUGGUGAUCCUGGAGAAAAGUGAAUUUGCAAACCUGAGGGCGGAGAAUGAGAGAAUGAAGAUUGAAAUUGGUCACGUCAAGCAGCAUCUGCAGAAUGAAACGAACCAGAUCCGCGCAGACACCAAGCUGGACAUCAACCUGGAGAGAAGCCGCCUCACUGACCUGUUCACAGAACAAGAGAAGAAGCUGAUGGAGGCUGGCACUGAGUUCCAUAAGAAGAAUGUUUCCACCGAUGGCGCCAUCACAGAGAUCAAUAAGAAGAUUGAUAUCGAUAUCGCAUCACUAAAGACCCUGAUGGAGUCACAUAAACUGGACACCAUCCGCUUUUUGGCCGCUUCCGUAUUCGCUUGUCUCGCCAUCGCUCUGGGAUUUUAUAGACUCUGGAAAUAGUGGAUGGAUAUUAUGAGGAUUGCUACUUGCGCUUGAAUGGCAGCCGCUGAUCCCCCCGCUGAUACUACGCACACUCCUCGCAGAUCAUUACCGCUCCAUGGGCAGGACUGCUGGACCCCCUGUGGUUCGGGGCCAUCUCUGCUUCCGAAUAUUAUCCCCCACAUACGGUUUGUCAUUUCUCAUGAAUGUCUCGUACCGGAAAGUGCCUUUUUAUAUGUGUUCUGUAAAUAAAAUGUAUCUCUGGUUUAUAUUAUGUUUUGGAUGCUGCUGCUUCAGUGUCUGCGCGCUGUAUCCGCUCCAUUGGUUGGGAUGGGGUCAGAUCGUUUAGACAGGUAUGUGAUCUGCUGAACAGUUUUUUAUUCUAUGCGCUUAUUUAUUCAUUUCUAUAGCACCAACAUAUUUCGUAGUAAUGUACAAAGGCUGAUUUCAGAACGAUCAUUAUUUAUAAUAUAUAUAUAAAAAAUAGUUUAAAAUAAAAACAGUGUUUCCCAACCAGGGUGCCUCCAGCUGUUGCAAAACUACAACUCCCAGCAUGCCCGGA